AUGGCUGGACCUGGCAGGCAAAUCAAGACACUCACAUCAGAACUGAAUAAGGUCUGCCCUGAUGAAGGAGAUGGCUACUCUGUGUAUCCUAAGAGCUACUAUGACCUUGAUGUGGUCCCCAACCUCAGGCGGAGUAACAGUACCUUCAGUAAGAGCAAAAGGAGGACUCACUUCACACUCAGCACCAAUGAAAAGGAGAAUAUUAGCUCAUGGAUCCCUGAAAACAUUCGGAAAAAAGAAUGUGUUUAUUUUAUCGAGAGUUCCCAGAUGUCAGAUUCUGGGAAGAUAGUGUGUGAGUGUGGCUAUCUUAGGGAACAGCAUUCAGAGGAAGCUAUAAAACCUGCCAUGUUCCAGGGGAAAGAAUGGGACCCCAGAAGACAUGUCCAAGAAGUACCAACAGAUGCUUUUGGGGACCUGUGUUUCACAGGCUUGGGGCAAAAAGCAGCAAAGUUUGUGCGUGUGUCCCUUGACACUCCCCCAAGAGUCAUCUACCAGCUAAUGACACAACACUGGGGCCUUGAUGUACCAAACCUCUUAAUAUCUGUGACAGGAGGAGCUAAAAACUUCAACAUGAAGCUGAGAUUGAAGAACAUUUUCAGGAGGGGGCUCGUCAAAGUGGCACAGACAACAGGUGCCUGGAUCAUCAGUGGUGGUUCUCAUGCUGGUGUUAUGAAGCAAGUUGGGGAAGCAGUGCGGGGCUUCACCAUGAGCAGUAGCCUCAAGGAAGGCGAGAUUGUCACCAUCGGCAUUGCAACGUGGGGGACUGUGCACAACCGCAACAGCCUCAUCUGCCCCAUGGGCAGUUUCCCAGCGGAAUACCUACUGGAUGAGGAGAGCCAAGGGAACCUCUCUUGUCUUGACAGCAAUCACUCACACUUCAUCCUGGUGGAUGAUGGAACGCAUGGGAAAUACGGUGUGGAGAUCCCCCUGAGGACGAAACUUGAGAAGUAUAUUUCAGAGCAAACAAAGGUGAAAGAAGGAGUUGCCAUUAAGAUACCAAUUGUUUGUGUAGUCCUGGAGGGCGGCCCUGGGACUCUUGAUACCAUCUACAAUGCAAUCACCAAUGGCACCCCAUGUGUGAUUGUGGAAGGCUCGGGGCGUGUGGCUGAUGUGAUCGCGCAAGUGGCUAACUUGCCCAACUCCAAAAUAACCAUCAACCUGAUCCAGAAAAAACUGAGCACAUUCUUUAAGGACAGCUAUGAGCAGUUCACUGAAAGUAAGAUUGUGGAGUGGACGAAAAAGAUUCAAGAUAUUGUGCACAACAGGCAACUCCUGAUGGUCUUCAAGGAAGACAAAGAUGGGCAGCAGGAUGUUGAUGUGGCCAUUCUGCAAGCAAUGCUCAAAGCUUCUCGAUACCGUGAUAAUUUUGGCCAUGAGAACUGGGACCACCAGCUGAGGCUUGCAGUCGCAUGGAACAGGGUGGAUAUUGCUCGGAGUGAGAUCUUCACCGAUGACCAUGAAUGGAAGCCCUGUGAUCUGCACCCAAUGAUGGCGGCUGCCCUCAUAGCCAACAAGCCAGAAUUUGUGAAGUUGUUUCUGGAGCAAGGCGUGCGCCUGAAGGAGUUUGUUACCUGGGAUACCCUCAACUACCUCUAUGACAAUGUGGUGGCCUCCAGUGUAUUCCAUGGGAAGCUGCAGAAGGUGCUGCUGGAAGAGAAGGAGCGUUCGGCCUUCUCCAGAGUGCCCAAGGUCCAGCUGCACCACGUAUCCCAGGUGCUAAGGGAGCUGUUGGGGGACUUCACACAACCUCUGUACCCGAAACCGAAGAACACCGAGCGACAUCGUCUCUCCAUUGCCGUGCCUCAUAUCAAGCUUAAUGUACAAGGGGUGAGUCUUCGAUCCCUCUACAAGCGUUCUGCUGGCCGCAUCGCAUUCACCAUGGAUCCUGUGAGGGACUUGCUCAUUUGGGCAAUUGUGCAAAACCGCAGGGAGUUGGCUGAAAUAAUCUGGGCUCAGAGUCAGGACUGCAUUGCAGCAGCUUUGGCCUGCAGCAAGUUACUGAAGGAGUUGUCCAAAGAGGAAAAUGACACUGACAGCACAGAGGAAAUGCUGACCCUGGCAGAGGAGUAUGAACAUCGAGCCAUUGGUGUUUUCACUGAAUGCUACCGGAAGGACGAGGAAAGAGCCCAGAAGCUCCUGAUCCGUAUCUCAGAUGCUUGGGGCAAAACUACCUGCCUGCAGCUAGCCCUGGAGGCAAAAAAUAUGAAGUUUGUGGCUCAUGGGGGCAUCCAGGCCUUCUUAACCAAAGUCUGGUGGGGAAAAAUGAGUGUUGAUAAUGGAAUCUGCCAGGUCAUCCUGUGUAUGCUGUUCUUCCCCCUGCUCUACACUGGCCUCAUCAUGUUCAGGGAGAAGAGGCUUCAGCCAAUGACAUGCCUGACUCGCUUCCGAGCCUUCUUCAUGGCUCCCGUGGUCAUCUUCCACCUCAACAUUCUGUCCUACUUCAGCUUCCUCUGGCUCUUUGCCUAUGUGUUGAUGGUUGAUUUUCAACCAGUCCCAUCCUGGCAGGAGUAUGUCAUCUAUUUCUGGCUCUUCUCCCUGGUGUGUGAGGAAACACGUCAGCUUUUUUAUGAUCCUGAUGGGUUUGGCUUCCUGAAAAUGGUUUCCUUGUACCUCAAUGAUUUCUGGAACAAACUAGAUCUUUGCGCCAUCCUGAUCUUUAUAGCUGGGCUGACAUGCAGAUGGAUCACAGCCACUUUCUAUCCUGGAAGAAUCAUAUUGUCUCUGGCUUUUAUUAUCUUCUGCCUGCGUUUGAUGCACAUUUUCACAGUCAGUAAAACUUUAGGACCCAAAAUCAUCAUAGUGAAGAGGAUGAUGAAGGACGUCUUUUUCUUCCUCUUCCUCUUGGCCGUCUGGGUUGUGUCCUUUGGAGUGGCCAAGCAAGCCAUACUGAUCCAUAAUGAGAACCGCGUGGACUGGAUCUUUCGAGGCGUUGUUUACCAUUCUUACUUGACGAUAUUUGGGCAGAUCCCUUCCUACAUUGACGGAGUUAACUUCAACCCGGAUCAGUGCAGCCCAAAUGGGACUGACCCCUACAAGCCCAAGUGCCCUGAGAACAAGUCCAACCAGCAGCCCAUCUUCCCUGAAUGGCUGACUGUCAUCUUGCUCUGCCUGUACCUGCUCUUCACCAACAUUCUCCUCCUCAAUCUCCUCAUUGCCAUGUUCAACUACACAUUCCAACAGGUGCAGGAGCACACAGACCAGAUCUGGAAGUUUCAGCGUCACGACCUGAUCGAGGAGUACCAUGGCCGGCCCCCUGCUCCACCACCCUUCAUCCUCUUUAACCACUUGCAGCUUUUUGUCAAGCGGGUACUUCUUCGGAAACCGGCCACACGUCGCAAGCAGCUCAAAGAGAAACUUGAGAAGAAUGAAGAGGCAUCACUCUUGUCUUGGGAGAUGUACCUGAAGGAAAACUACUUGCAGCAUCAACAGUGCCAGCAGAAACAGAACACCGAACAGACAAUCCAGGAGAUUGCCAAUAGGGUGGAUGUCCUGGCAGAAACAUUGGACCACGAUCAGGUGAAAAGGACAGGGCUGGUGGAACAGAGGCUAGCAUACUUGGAGGAGCAGAUGUUCCAGUCUGCAAAGGCACUGCAGUGGAUUGUUCACUCACUGUCUAGUAGUGGGUUUGGAUCAGAGGAUGAUGCUCCCAGUAUCGUCCCCAGCAGAGCCCCUGAGAUGAAGGAGUACCCUGAAGAAGAGGUCCCAGAAACUUUUCAUGCUCCAUACCACACGAGCGCCAGGAAUCUCUCAUAUCCCAGUUCCAUUGCUGUCCGUUUUCCAGUGCCUGAUGAGAAGGUGCCAUGGGAGGUGGAGUUUGAGAUCUACAACCCCCCCUUCUAUAGUGAGGAAAGAAAAGAGACAGAUCCUCCCGAGUUCUCAAGAGAUACCUUGGAGAAUCUUUCCAAAAUAAACUUCAACAGUAUGGAUGGGGAGGUCAACAGACAGAGCUUUCACGGCACCUACAUUGUUCAGGAUGGCCUGCCACUGAAUCCCAUGGGAAGAACUGGAUUGAGGGGCCAGGGGAUCCUUCGGUUCUUUGGACCAAAUCAUGCACUUCACCCUGUUGUAACACGCUGGAGGAGGAAUCUGGAUGGAUCCAUUGCUAGGAAAAGCUUAAAUAAAAUGCUGGAAGUCUUAGUUGUCAAAUUUCCCUUGUCAGAUCAUUGGGCUUUACCUGGGGGAUCUCUGGAGCCAGGAGAAGCAUUGCCACAGAAGCUGAAAUGGAUCCUGAGACGGGAGUUCUGGCCACAGUUUCAGAAAUUGCUGAAUCAGGGUACAGAGGUUUAUAAAGGAUAUAUGGAUGAUCCGAGGAAUACAGACAAUGCCUGGAUAGAGACCUUGGCCAUCAGCAUGCACUUUGAAGACCAGAACGAUGUGGAGAUGAAGCGUUUAAAUUCGUUUCUUCAGGGCUGUGAUCUUGAGGUGACUGUCCGGUGGCAAGUUGCGGACAGGAGGAUUCCCCUUUAUACAAACCACAAGGAUAUCCUGCAAAAAGCAUCUGUCCUCUUGGGGGCACACUACUGA